AUGCGUCACAGAGGAGAAGGCUGACGAAAGGAGCUGUCUUUGUACCUUUUGAAAGCUUGUGUGUGCUCGUGUUGUGCACGCGCCGGCCUGCCGUGGGAUGUGUGGAGACUGAAAAAAAAAUGGAAAGUUGUGCGAGACCAAAGUGAUUUUUGUUCUGGAGCAGUUGCAGAGAGGCACGCAGCGCCCGCAGUCCGUCAGAGAAAUUUUACGUGAAGAACAUUUGUGUGUGCAGGAACUCGAUUGACCAUGGGGAUUAUUUUGCAGGUUACGGUUCAUUGUAGCAGCGCGUAAACAGUGUAGGACGGUAUCGGCGCGUAGGCAGAAAAUCUCUCUGGAACUACCUGUUGUGCCAAGUGAUUGCGGAUCAGCGGAGAAGAAAAAGGCCUGAACUGGUUUCAGCUGUGUUGACGUUCGGAGGUAAGAUAAAAAAAAACUGUAGCCGUUAUUAAAACUGCACUGCCCUUGCUGGCUUGUUUUCCGACUGCAGGAAUGUGAUAGUUUCAAGGUGACUGUUUCCGCCGCCAGCCCGGGAGUAUUUUUGUCGCCGUGUGACAUGUGUGGACACGACUGGCUAACAUGUGGGUUUGUUGUGGCCUGAGUGACGUAGCGCGUAACGUCAUCGCCGUGACGUACGCGCGCUGCGCGGAGGGGGGAGGGCUGUGACAGUUGAUCCUGGCGUGAGGGCAGCGCGUGUGUGUGUCCCGUGUUUGUCACCCCCUGUCCGCACUGGCCUACCCGCUGAGCGUGUGCGUGUGCGAAGCUGGCAUCGUGGAUCACGGGGGCGGGGGCUGCGUGGACGGAGGCCUCCUCCCCCGCAAGCCGGCGGGCCCCCUGGCCCCCGGGGGCGGGGGGGCCACGCCGCCCCAGCAGCUCGGCGGCGGCAUGGGCGAAGUGCUGCCGCCCAAGAGACAGGCCGUGGUGGAGCGACUGCGGCGCCGCAUCGAGAACUACCGCCGGCGCCAGAGCGACUGCAUACCGCGCUUCGACCAGUCGUUCAACGGCCUGUGCGAGCAGAACGUGCAGGAGACCCUGGUGCUGAAGCAGCGCUUCCUGGAGUCGAAGGCGAAGCGCGCGGCCAAGAAGACGGACAAGAAGCAAGACGGCGCGGGUCUGCUGCAUAACAACAUGCACGUGCAGCAGAAAUUCCUGAAGCGCGCCUCGGAGGAGCUGGAGCCGCCCGGCGGCUCGGUGGACGCCGCCUCCUUCGAGCCGCCGCCCAAGCUGCCGUGCGGGGCGGGUCCCAGGGCGGCGCCGCCUCCGCAGCCGCCGCCGCCGCAGCCGCCGCCCGCCGCCGAGAACCUCAAGUUCUCCGUGGAGAUCGUGCAGCAGCUGGAGUUCAGCACGUCUGCGGCCAGCCAGGCGGCGCCGCCGCACAUCUCCACCAACGUCACCGUCAAGACCAUGACGAACGCGACGGUGAAGAGCGACGCUCCUGCGGCUGCGCCGCCGCCCCCGCAGCCCGCCCCCGCGCCGCCCCCGCCGCCGCCGCAGCAGCAGCCGCCGCAACAGCCGGAGGACCUCGCGCACCUGGUGGAGUGCAAGCGCGAGCCGGACGGCGAGUUCGUGGACCUGGAGCAGUGCGCCGCGGCGCUGGAGAAGGACGCGCAGGUGAACGGCGGCGCCAGCUUCCCGGGGCUGCCCGACCUGUACGGCGGCGACGCGGGCGACGAGAUCAUCACGUCGGCCGCCUUCAAGGAGCUGCUGUCCGAGAUCUCGCUGUGCCACUCGGACUUCAUGAAGGACUUCGUGGACUUCGAGGAGGGCGGCGGGGGCGUCAAGGAGGCAGCCGUCAAGGCGGAGGACGACCCGGGGGCGCGGCACCCGUCCCCGGCCCCGCUGGCGCCGCAGUUCUCCCCGCGCUUCGCCCCGGGGCUGGACUUCGGCAAGGCCGAGCUGAGCCCCGCCGCGCAGACGCUGAAGCAGAUGGCGGAGCAGCACCAGCACAAGACGCAGCAGCUGGGCAUGACGGCGGCGCGGGGCGCGGCGCGCUCGCCCUACGAGUACCAGCAGCACUUCGCCGGCGGCGGCGGCGGCGGGGGCGAGUUCCUGGGCAGCCCCGGCGCCGCGCCGACCAAUCCCGGGGCCUCGCCCUCGCCCUACCUCGGCAGCAAGCAGGCGGAGCUGGCCAAGCAGGAGGCCAUGUUCUCCGCGGCGCAGCAGAGCGUGUUCGCCCGCCAGCAGCAGCAGCAGCAGCAGUCGUCGCCCAAGAGCUACCCCGCCGGGGCGCCGACUGCCCCCAAGCAGCAGCAGCAGCCGCAGCAGCAGCAGCAGUACUCGCCGUACGGCAGCCCCGGCGGCGGGGGCAGCCCGCAGUACCGCGCCGUCGGCCAGUUCGGCAGCAGCACCCCUCCUAGGCCGCCGUCCUGCCCCGGCUCCGGCCCAGGUCUCCAGCUGAGCCAGGCGCAGCAGAUACACGUGGCUCAGGCGGGACAGGGAGUGCAGGUGUCGGCGGGCCAGCACAUGCACCUGCAGGCGGACCUGAAGCCAGGGGGCCCCGGGGUGUCGGUUGCCGCCCAGCAGGGCAUGUACUUCAGCCAGCAGCAGGUCCCGCCCGAGCCCUGCUACACCGUGUCGCCCUCGCAGACCAUCAACUUCACCCAGCAGUCCCUGCGGCAGCGGCCCACGCUCGUGGCCCAGCAGCACCAGUCGCUCAGCGUGCUGCAGCAGCAGCAGCAGCAGCAGCAGCAGCAGCAGCUGCUGCGCGCCCAGCAGCAGCAGCAGCAGCAGCAGCAGCAGCAGCAACAACAGCAGCAGCAACAGCAGCAGCAGCACCUGAUGGGGCCCCGGGGCCCACCGCCCGAGUACAAGGCCAACCCCCAGCUCCUCCAAGGGCUCAUGGGGCAGCAGCAGAGGUUCACGAGCGUCGCGGGCAUGCGGCGGGCCGGCCAGCAGCCCAUGCCCCCAUCAGGACCCAUGAUGCGGCCCCAGCAGCAGGCGCUCCACGGGGCGGCGGGGGCGGGCGGUGGUCUCUACAUGCCCCCGGGACUGGGGGCGGUGUCCCAGGCACAGCACCACGGCCUGCCCCAGCACCGCGUGGCCGCGUCCUACCCGGCGCGGGGCGGCCAGCGCCCGCCCAACGUGAGCGUGGGGCCGGGGGGCCCGGAGUGGAGGCACCUGCUGGUGUCCCAGCAGCAGCAGAGCGCGGCCAUCUUCCCGGCGGGCCACAUGCGGGCCGGCUUUCCGCAGUCGGGCCCCCAAGGCUCCUUCAACCUGCAGAUGCAGCACCAGCAGAUGGUGCGCAGCUCGCCCAUCAGCCAGAUGCAGCUGCUGUCCCAGCAGCAGCAGUCGCUGUCGCUGCAGCAGUCGGCCAACCUCGGGCAGAUGUCGGUGAACCUGCAGAUGUCGCAGCAGAUGUCGGGGGGCUCGCCGCACGGCCACCAUGGGCACCACGCCCCCCACCCCCAGGGCUACGCGGGCGGCCCCGCCCCCCCGCCCCCUUCCUCCGCGGCGCAGCCCCCGGCCCCCAGCGCCGCUCCCCAGCAGCAGUCCCUGCCGGCGGACUUCAGCUUCGAGUUCCUGGAGGGCCUGCCCCCGGGGGACCCCGGCAUGGCCCAGGAGCUGCUUAGCUCGCUCGAGGCGUCGUCUGCCGCCUUCAGCCUGCAGGACAUUCUGUAGGCCCGCGCCCCCCGGCCCUCGUUGUACCCUCCCGCCCCGUGACCGCGCUCCGGACGCACAGUUUCAUAUCGUACAUUACAUGCGUUUUUCAUAAGUCUUUUAUCUCGCAUCAAAUUAUAACCUUACGUUCACAUUUCUCAAACAUUAACGUGGGACUUUUUUCGAGUUAGAGAUUCAAAUAUACCCACAAAAUGUUAAUUUUUUUUUUUUUCAUGAUGUUAUUUGGAUAGUUACACCAGUGAAUUGUGAGCCAGUGGUCAGGGGAAUCGCAGCCAGUGGUCAGGGGAAUCGCAGCCAAUGAAAGUCAGCCGCGUUUUGGGACUGUCCUUCAGCCUGGCCCAGUGGUUUCCCUGGGAGCUGUCCCUGUCAGCCCCGCCACGGAGCGCUGCUUCGCGGAGCAGGGAUCCUCGGCUGCUCCGGCGAGGAGGGGGCAGCGGUGCCAAACAGUUGCUGCUGCUGCUGUGUGACGCCUCCCUGGCUUGUUUUUCUAUGUCAAUACGCGGGGCUUAACUACACUCCCUAAACAACACACUCGACAUUAAUAACAAGUAGGGGCAAUUUUUUUAUUUCGCGGGAACGCGUGAUUGCUUGUUAAACUUCGGAACGCUGUGUGUUCAAGUUCACAGUUUAUUUUUAUCGCCCCCGAUGUUGUGGAAUGAGCUGCUUCCACGCUUCACUGGGCCAAUAGGAAUGUGGCCGCCGAACUACUUAAUGUCUGUGAUUCGUCUUACGUUAAAAAAUACAUUACUGUUGUUUUCGGAAUCUAUCUUGCCACAAAAAAGAGUUUGCUGAGAGCGAGCCCCUCUCUCGUGAUGAGUGCAGUCUGCUCGGGACCGUGGGUCGCCGGAUGGCGCGUCGCCUGGCGUGGGAGCGCGGUCAUGGCUGAGGUCUGGCGCAUCUGGAGCACGAGAACACAUCGAAGGACGGAGAUGGCGAAACUCUGCCGCCUUGCCAUUCUAAAUAACUUGUUCGUGUACAUAGACAAUAUCGUGAGUUACCUUGCGCGAGCAACAGUUUUUUGUUUUAUUUCAGUUGGUCUUGUCAGGAAAUAUUUUAUUGAAGUUAUAUAUACUUCCUUGUACAUAACCAUGAAUAAUGCGGGAAAGAAAAAUAUAUUUAAAAAAAAAAGUUUGUGAAUUGUGAAUUUUUUAAAAAAAAACAUUUUUAUCUGUAUCAACAGAAGCCCAAGAAAGAAACUUGUGUCAUUCUGCGUGGACACGGUGAAAAGUUUUACGAAUAGUGAUUGACAUGAGUUGAAAUGUGAAUGAUGUCAAUUUAUCCCCACGUGGAAUCGCUGAUGAACCAUAUUUGUAAAGGUGUUGUAGUUAAAACAUAAUCAAACAUGCGUUGUACGUGCUCGCGAAGAAACCGGCCCGACGGCGGUGAGUACGAAGCCUGGUCUCGCAGGACGAGAAGCGUACAAGCCAAAGUGAUAAUCCUUUCCGCAGUCUUGCGCGGACUCUCACGUAGCUUUAGGCGAGACUGUUUACGUUUCGAGCAUUACGGUAAUGAUGUCUGUGGAGACACUGGGGUGUUUGUAAGCUAUCUUUCUGCCAGAUGUGUGUACACCGUUAAGUCUGCUCUGCGGAGUGGGUUCAACGGCGAGUAGGCUAGACCAUGAUUUCACCUAGCGUACAAGACCUUUGUUUGAUAGUAACUGCCUAAGUAACUAACUAAACUUCCUGCCCUUUUUGUGCUAGUACCUGAAUUAAAAUUUCUGCACAGUAGAAAUAUCAGAGACUAUCUACUUAACCUUGCCAAAAAUAAAAGUCCAAUAGCUACACAGGUUUGGUAGUUGUGUUUCUUUUUGAUGGUAAACCUGGCAGGAAAUACUUUUUUUUGUGUGUGUGUGUGUGUGUGUUUGUGACACCUAUUCCAUCACAUACAAAAGUAGGUAUUAAGCGAGAAAAAUUGAUGUGUACAAUUUUACUGCUACUGGACGGUUCAAAACAAUCAUUGUGGGGCCUUGUAUUUGGUUCCUCACACAGUCAUGCAGAAAGUUAGCAUAGUGAUGUUCAAGGUCAAGUUUAGACUAGGUUCAUAAAAUAAUUGCGUAGCAUUGCGCACAGUGGACGCUGACUCAGUAUGCUAGAACCAUUCAGCUGUUGAUUGACUUACUGCUCUCGGAAUGUUCCAUUUGCACAUUGAACAAGGAUUGCAUUGACAACCCUAGCGUCCAUACGGCUGUUGAAAACUUAACUUAAUACUUGAACUUAAAUAAAAUUUUAAUUUUUAAAAUACUCUAUACUCUUUUCAGGGGAAGCUGUGUUAUUAAUUUGUUUAAAAACAUGUACCAGGGGGCGUCAAUUUUUAAAUAGGCACAUUCAUUGCAGCACCAUUAGUGUUUAACAAUUUUUUUGGUGGGUAGUAGAUACAGAUAAAAUCUUGAGAAGAAAAUAUGAUUUAAAUUUGUGCUGUAAAAUUUUUGAAUUAUGUUAUUAAUCUUAAUUGGCAACUACUAACAUUUAACACAUUGAUUGUAAACCAGACAUCACAUAAUUUAUUUUUGUUGUCGUAGUAAAGGACUAGGUUUUUUCUAACAUUUCUCCCCCUCCCCCAAUUUCUUUAAUAUCUUAACCAUUCCCCGAGUUCUCAUCUUUUUUAAUGGGCUGAUUCAGAUAGCUAGCUUAAUGAGCACGAGCAAGUAGUAUUUCGCAAUAAAGAUGCAGAUUUCUGUCUUUUACAUAUUCCAGUAACAAUGUGUAUUUUAAUUGCAGUUAUAUUUAUAAACUUAACAAAAUUCUUAACAAUGUAAACAAAAAUCAUGACCACGAAAUUAAAAAAAAGUUUCUCAAACAUGAACUACUUAUACAGAAGUACUUGUUAGUCAAAAGGUUGCUGGUCAUAAACUAAAUACCACAUAGAGAACUCAAAACGUUGAUUACGUAGCUUUCAUCAUAUGGCUGCAUGCUUCACGUAGUUAUUGCAGCAUGUUAUCUUUGGUGACAGUGCCGUGUUUUUAACAACGGAUGACACGGACGGAUAAAAAAACCAAACAAUAAUAAAAAAAAAUUACGUUUAUCCAAACGUUUUUUUUUUCCAUGCAAUAUUUGGUCUCACUUUAUUAUUUAAAUUAAUGUAAGUUUUGAUUUCAAACGUAAAUUUCACAGCAUUCUUUUUUCGGAAGAGAAUUUUUAGUAUUUUAUAAAAAAAAGUGUAAUGUCACAUUUUCUCCAAAAAAAUUGCAGAACUUUGCGUAAAAAUAAGCAUUUUUGCAAAGGCAAAAAAAAAUGUUUCUCUAUUAAUCAUUGACUUAUAGUUCUCAUUUUCUAAAGAUUAACUAAAAAUUUUAAAACAGCAAUUCGUCAUGUUCCCUGCACAUGUUGUGAUAGUCGAGUCUCGUGCAUAACUAGCUGCUGAAGAGUUCUUUCAUACUAUAGUCAGUGGUCAUGCUUAUCCUUGGAAAGACUUGUGGUAGCGAAGUCUAUAUUGUAUGAGAUAAUAUAUCGGGAGGGCAUUCUAUCACCUUAAACAAUGUGGACAUGUUUACAUUUCAUGGGUCGAUAUGGUAUGUCUGUGCUAUGUUGUCGACAUUUUAGAGCAUUGAUAAUGUUUUGGGAUUGUUUGGAAAGAAUCGAGGCCAUGUUUGUUUAUGGAAAGCACCAUUUGUCAUAUAGUUUUAAAAGGUGGAGAAGCAUUGUUCCUAUGUGAUCACGAUCAAAUAUCACCAAAACCCUUUACAUUUUUUUUUUUACUUAGGGCACUGCUGGUGAGCUAAGCCAGAGUUUACACAAUUUUAUUUUUCAUCUUACCACGUACCAACCACGAAACUAUUUUUGUAAUAGUUUGUAGAGCACAUCCGCAGUAUUUUAUUUUAUGUUUGGAGUCACGUGAUUAUUUCAGAUGGUUUUGCGAGUGUCGGAUCCUCCGCGCAGACGCUGGGGGGCGGACGCUGCCGUGUCGCCGAAACCCGAGGGACUGAUCUCAUGCGCUUCGUCCCUUCAGCGGCGCGGCAGCGCGAAGUCCGUGCCACGCCCGGCUCUCGCGGAGCGUCCCGAGCACUCGCCCGUUGUCGAGGUGGCACGGGGAUUGCAACGAGAAAUUGUAGUCAGAAAUGUUUUUAUUGUUACGCGUGCCAAGUCGAGCCCUGUUACCAAGAAACGUUGCAGCGGCAGCCAAGAAGACGUGCUGCGUGCGAGCAAGGAUUGUUUUUUGAACUGCGCAAACUGGCGUUCAGUGCUUCGCCCCUGCGCGGCCAAAUGAGACGACUGUGGGACCACUCGUCAAGAGACGUUCGUUGCAACAGCAGUCGGACUAGAAGCUUAAGUGUUUGUGAAGAAUUUUUUAAAAAACGAGGUUCGUACCAUAAAUCUUUAUUUUUACCAUUUAUAGCUGGACUCGAAAUGUUCAUAUGACUUUUAUUGUAGCAAACAGGGAUCAAAUUUUAAACCAUUCUAGAAUAUAUGUCGGGGGACAAAAAAAUAAUGUGUAUAACAUUUCAGAAUAAAGUGUACAUUUGAUUGUAAAAGGGUGAGAAAAUUUUUUGAAAAGUUUUUGUUUUGUUUUUUUUAUUUUGAGCUCUUUUUGGAGUACAUGUUAAAGAAUAAAAGUUAGGAAGUAUGUAUAAUUAUAUUGUAUUAAAUAUGAUAUUUAAUGUACAUAUAUGAGAAAUUGUAUGACGUUGUUGAUAUUAUUGCUUAUACUGUUGUCUUCUCCAAGAGGUGGUUCUGAACUGAAGAUAUGUAAAAAAAAAUCAUAAUUGUACCAGAGAGGUUUUAUUUCUGUUGAAGUUCUGCAAUUCAUAUACAAUUGCAAAAAAAGAAAAUAAUAAUAUGUUUAAUUUCUACUCUUUUAUCUCUCACAAGUUUUUAUUUUGAUGAUUGAGGGUAAUUAAAUGUGCUUUAAUUUUGAGUUAUAGCUGGCCAUGUGAUUAAUUUUUUUUUUACUACAAACCAUGGAUGAAAUAUCUGAAAGUCCUAGAAUAUCAUAGAUAAAAAUGUAUUGUGUGUUCUGAAGAUAUUUUUUAUUAACACUUAAAAGAUAUAUAUGAAAAAGCUUGCAUUACUUUAACUGUAAAUGUGACAUCUUCAGUUGCAGAAAAAUUCAAGCACGGAAAUGUCAAACUCUUGUUAUUCGACGGGAAAGUUUAUCGGCUUGUGUCACAGUUAUUACAGCAAAAUAGCAGCUUAUUUUAAUUUUUUUUUUGUCCACAGUUGCAAUUAACUUGUGUAUUCAUGGAUGAAGAGUUAAAUUUUAAUUUUUGGGUUAGAUAAUUUGAGCACAAAUUGAUUAGUAGUAGUACUAAUUUGUGUGUGCUUUUUGCGUUUGUGUUCAAUUUUGACAAAGCCGUGAUAAAAUAUCAGUAUAAAUUAUUGGAAAUAUAUAUAAUUGAUUCAUGGAGGUGCUUUAAUAUUUUUUGUUACUUAAAUUACAAGGAAUAAUUUUGGUAUAAUUUAUGACUUGUUUUGAGUCUAAAAUUUCUGUGUAAAUUUAUUGGUCAGUUUUAAUACUUUUGACCUGAAUUUUUCCAAAUUGCAAGUAGACCCUUUCAUUGUUUGAUACGGAACAAAGUAUUCAUUCAUGGGCUUGAAGUAAAAAGUCAAAAACUUGUUACUAAAAGAAACUCGUGUUUUAGUUACUUUUAUCAUUUGCAACAUUCCAAUUUGUAAAACAGUGCUGUAUGUUGUUUGCUUGCCAUUUAGGUUUCCUUUUGAUCCAGUGUUAUUGACACUAGCAAAGUUGUUUGAAUUAACGAGAUUCCUUUACAUGUAUGUUUCUUUGUUAAAACUUCUUGUACUAUUUUCCUUUACAAAUCAAGAGCAUGCAAGUGAUUUUUUUUUUCCCUUCGUCCUCUGCACAUUUUGUUCUGUUCACUCCACGCAACCCAGGAGUUCUGUUCGUGGCAGCUACUGCUCAUCCCGCGCCGUGUCAGUGCCACGGCCGUGCGUUGCACCAGAUAUGUUACGGUUCCCAGCGCGGAACUGAAGAAAUAACUUAUUCUUGUAAUUAUUUAGUAGUGUAUUAUGUUAUUUGUUUUAAAAAUAAAUAUCUUUCGUAAAGCAAAA